AUGAUUCGUGUCUGGUGCGGCUACUUGACAUUUAUUCUCGUCCUUACUGAGACUGGAAGCGAUUGGUUAAGCUGUGCUCAUAUUGCAGAAUGCCACUGCAAAUGGUCAUCUGGAAAAAAGACGGCGUCUUGCGUCACAGCAGGAUUAAAAACAUUACCCGAGUUAUCAGCUGAUAUUCAAGUACUUGACUUACAUGGAAAUCCUUUGAAGAAACUAGGAGAAGAUGCUUUUGCAAACAUAGAUCUUUUAAAUCUUCAGAGAUUAAACCUUAGUUUAACAAGCUUACGUUCAUUACAUCAAAACACCUUCAGAGAACUACGAAUAUUAAUAGAAUUAGAUUUGUCGCAAAAUAAUUUACUUCAACUAUCACCUGAUACGUUUAAAGGUGCGGAUCGUUUAAGACUUUUGAUCCUUAACGACAAUCCCUUAAGCUUUUUAAUUAAAGAGCAAUUUCCACCGCUAAAACAUUUAAAAAAACUAGAAUUAUCAAGAUGUAAACUUCAAACUAUACAUCCGUUUGCGUUUGUGAACCUCCAAGCACUAGAAACUGUAAACAUACAUCAAAACUUACUCACUUUUCUCCAUGAAAACACAUUUAAUCUACCCGUAUUAAAAACUUUGACCCUAUCAGAUAAUCCUUGGUACUGCGAUUGUAGAUUACGGGAGUUCCAUGAUUGGUUUUUAAACAGCAAUCUUGGUAAUGAAGACGUAUUCUGUAGUGGCCCAGAAAGAAAAGCGCAUUUUUCAUGGCGCGCAUUGAAAAGAGACAAUCUAGUAUGCUUACCAUCAGCGUUAUCGUCACCUACAAUCAUAAGAACAGAAACUGGUGCUGACAUAACUUUUGGUUGCUUUGUAAGAGGAGAUCCUAUACCAACAGUAACGUGGUCAUUUCGUCAUAGAGAUGUGUACAAUAGUACUAACACAAAUAGUGAAAUUUUAAUACUUAAAUACCAGUUAGAAAAUUUCGAUGAAUACAAUAAUGAUUUUCUGAACAAAAGUGCGCAGUGGGUGAAUGUUACUAUUAGCAAUGUUACCAGUGACUUAUCCGGAGAGUGGAAAUGUAGUGCCAAAAGUAUGGUGGGAGAAGCUAGUGCAUAUCUUACCCUAUUUUUACCUAAGGCCAGGACAGCAACUGCCCGAGUUGCGCCAGACUAUUCCACAUUUUUUUUAGUGGGUGGGUCAAUGCUUGCAAUGAUGAUGGCAGGUUUUAUCGCUGCCUGUGUUUGCUGGAAAACAAAGCGCCGAAGAGUACCACCGAGCAGAAGCUUUACAGAUCAAGAAAAAAAGUUAUUAGAUACGUCACUAGCCGUCAGCUGCGAUAGAACGAGUGGAGACUUAGGGUCAUCCUAUGGAUUCGAAAUGUUAGACAGAUCUAUUUCAAUGGAAUCUGAUGAUGCGAGAUGUUUAGAACCUGUUCAAAUAACAAUAGAGGGCCCCCCUGGAAGUUUUCCUCCCCCACCUGCAGAGUUUGCCUUGCCAGCUCCUUAUGGCAACAUUUUUAUAUCUGUCCAAGUUGGUGGUCAUAGUGAUUCUGAGUAUCCAGAUCUUUUAGGAGGUGGGGCAACAUUGCCACGGCGAAGUAGAACUUGUUUCUUGAAAUCUGCUUAUGAUAAUAUGGGUCCCAGGAUUACGGCGGCUGGCAGCUCCACUUGGUCACUUCCAGGUGCUAAUGAUGACAAAAGUACGGAUAUUAAAGACCCUUUGAGUGUUCCAUUAUCUACCUUUUCUACUGAAUUUACUGCUUUGUAA